AAACCUGUAAAUGAGCACAAACACUGAAUCCAAUGACAACAGUAAUGGCACCAGCCAGGCCCUGGUUCCUUUAUCCCCAGAAAAUCCACUCACCAAGGUGCUAACUCCAGCCCAGUUUAACGCCAGUGUUCAUUUCUAUGAGGCAGAUCAACAAUUAACACCCCAAGACAGAACCGAGAUUAAGAAAGACUUUGAACGAAUUCUCCCUAGAAUCUCCAUUGCAAGCAACGUGGCCUCACUUGUGGGAUUCUUCAGUUUAACGGUGUUCAAGAGAUUGAGCAAUCCGGUCCAAGAUUUGACUGCCAACCCCAAUCCGUUAAAACCCCGGUCUUUCAUUCACAAACCGUUUCUCUCGUUUUUGUGUGGUCUAGGAGGAUUGGUCCUUGGGGGAGAAAUUGCCGGGAAACAGCAGUUCAACAGUCAGAUCGUUCGGUUGCAGGGCAUUCCUGAGAAGGAGAGACAGUUGGGUGUGUGGAAAACAAUCGAAAGACACCAAUCGUCAAUGUUCUAUCUCUACUAUAGGAGGACUAGUGAAGACCCUUCGUACAUUCUAAAAGAUCCCCGUGAAUUUACCGCAACCCAGAAGCACGAAGUCCACUACCAUCCCCCAAGUCCUACAAGCAGUAGCAAGGUAUUCCGCAAAGAUGACGACAGACAAGUCAUUGACCCUGUUACUAAAGAUCUCACAGUGUGGGAGCGAGUGAGAGUUGCCAACGGAUACGGAACUAACCCCAACAACUCUCUAGAGACGUCCGACACUUCGAUCGAUUCCACCGCCGAGUUUGACGGUGGCGAAAUAGUCACUACAGAAGACGAGUCCGAAAGGACAAUCGUUCCUACGUCGGCCUGGGAAAGAAUCCGUAAAAGCUCUAAAUCUCUGUAAAUAGGUGAAUGGAAAAAAUUGU